AUGCCGAGAGAAUCUCUGACUAGAAAAAGGAAAACUGCUGUUCUGCAGAACAACGUGGCCGUAGGAAAGAAGGCUAGACGAAGUGAAUCACAGGAUGCUGAGGAGCAGCUACAGUCUCAACCAGGGCGUCCAGCUAAUUACAGAUCCAAAACGGUUAGGAAAGAACAAUGCAAGGCAAUGAGAGAGCAGCGAUGGAGUGAUAAAGUUAGAAAUGAAAUAAGUUUAGGCAAUACAGCCGACAAUGUUCCGGAGGGACCCACCUUGAGAUCAAGUCUGCCGUACACAAAAGCUGUAAACAUGGAUCAGUGUUAUGUGGUUAAUUUGGAAAUGCUAACAACCGCUUUGAGCGAGUGUGUGAAUUGUAAACAAGGACCCCUAGAUUUACGUAAUAGUUUUAAUGUUCGCCCGGAAGGAGUGUGUCCAGUACUAAAAGUUAAAUGCACACAAUGUGAGUUUAUUAACAUCGUACGCCCGGCCGAGCAUCAUCGUACUGGAAAAAGAGGCCCUCCCACCUUCGACGCUAAUUCCCGUGCUGGGCUUGGUGCACUGCAUUGUGGAUUGGGACAUACGCAUACCUCUGGAUUUCUUACAACACUUGGUGUACCAUCAAUUUCCUCAAGCAAUUUCAAAAAGCGGGAAAGAGAAAGUGGAAAAGCAGUAGAAGAAGUGGCUAAAGAUUCUUGUAAUCAGUUUAAUGAGGAAGAAAAGCGGUUGUCCACGACUGGAAAUGAGGAAGUAGUAAAACUCGGAGUGUCGUACGAUAUGGGCUGGAGAAAGCGAGGACGUUGUCACGACUCGUCGUCAGGAGUGGGCACAGCAGUGGGGUUACAUACCGGAAAAGUCAUUAGUUAUGCUACUCGCAAUAAAAUGUGUAGGGUUUGUGACGAAGCGGAGAAAAAUAAUAAAGAAGCAGAAAGCCACGACUGUCGAAAAAACCACGAAGGAUCCUCGAAAAGUAUGGAGGCAAACGUAGCAGUCGAGCUUUUUUCAAGCGCCCCGAAAAGUGGAGUGAUUUACUCGACUUAUGUGGGAGAUGACGACAGCGUCACAGAAAACCAUCUCAAAACGCUGGUUAACUACGACAUUGAUAAAUGGAGUGAUGUGAAUCAUGCAAGUCGUACACUGGGAACGAGAUUAUACAUGGCUAAAGGAAAGAUUAAAGGGUUGACUCCUAACGUGAUAUCCUACAUCCAAAAGAGCUUCACCUACUGUGUUAACCAAAACAAGGGCCAGCCAUCCUCAUUACUCGAAGGGCUCACCUCUAUCGUACCACACGCGUUUGGCAAACACGAUAACUGCAGCAAUUCCUGGUGUGGAUACAAAAAAGACCCUGAAGGCUACAAGCACGGAAGUCUUCCAGGAGGCAAGGACCUGACGGGCGAAGAUUUACGUGCAACCUUGGAAGAAGCUAUUCGACCAUUUCUUUCUCAUGACUCCGUGAAAAAGCUGGCCCCAGCGGGCUCAUCACAGAGAAAUGAAAGUGUAAACAGUUCCAUUGGCUCGAAAGCGCCGAAAAUAAGACAUUAUGGAGGCUCGCAAAGCAGCGACUUUAGAACCGCUGCAGGAAUAGCUCAGUUUAACAAAGGGAACAGAUAUCUGACAUUAGCCACGGAAAAAAUGGGUCUGGCACAGACGCAUAUCACAGAACAGAACACCGACAAAAUUGACAAGAAAAGGAAAAGGGAUGGCGAGCGAAAGUCAACAAAAGAGUUCAAAAAAGCGAGAAGAAACUCUCGAAAGAAAAAGAAUCAAAAGACCAAUUCUGCUGAGAAACGCGAGUCAGCAACGUACGAGACAGGGAUCGGCUGGCAACAGAGCGACAAAGAGAAAGCCGCCAUCACGAAUGCAACCAUGAACGAUCUAAAGGCAUGUCUGACAAAGGAGGAGUUUAAUGAUUAUACCGAUGAUCUCCCAAAAUCCAACGAAGGGAACAGCCAGGAAGUCUCCGAGUUACCUGUAAUCCAACAACGUUCACGUUUUCUUCAUUUGGCCCUCGACAUAGAAACAACAGGUCUAGACCGGAAAUCGGAUAUUCUGCAGAUUUCAUGCAUUCCACCAAAUGCUGAAACCAAAUCAUUUUCGCAGUCCCGUUCCUUCCAAGUUGUCCUUAUUGCACACAAUGGUGAAAAGUUUGACUUCCCAGUUCUGAUCAAUGCUCUGAGAAGGAACAAUCUCCUUGAAUUGUUCCUGGCUACUGGUGUUGUCCUUGUGGACUCUCUAAAGAUUGUUUCGACAGAAAUGAAGCAGAAAGGUAGCCCUUUGUAUUCCUGCAAGAGCAAAUCUUUGUCCGACGUUUACGAAGUUUUACUGAAAGAAAAGUUUGAUGCACAUGAUGCACAAGAAGAUGCUACCGCCUUGUCGCGUAUUUUAUUUCAGUCCCCUCUGCAAGUAUCUGUUGAAAGAAUUCAGACGCACGCAGUUCCUGCAGAACUGUUCGUAAAAAAAAUGAACUCAGCACAAGAGGCAAAAUCCCGAAAGUCCACGCUGCAUCGCCUCCCGGUCUCCGAAGGAAUGAAGGAGAAAAUGGGAAAGGCCGGGCUUGACUACGAAACAAUGCAGGGUGUUUACAAGAAAGGUGGAACGAAAGCUCUGUUAGCGGUGCUAGCUCUUCCAGAGUCCUUUGAGCAAAUUCAAGAAAAGCGGAGUAAGCCAAGGGUGACGAAAAACCUAAACAUACUCACAGCAGUGGUUAACUAUUUUGUACGAAUGCAAUCUUAG